AACAAAAAACCGAAAUAAAAAAAUUAAUAGCAAACUAAAUAAAUAAGCAAAGCUCGGGAUAUCGGAUGACGGCGACGGGGCCAAGAUAAAAAUACGCACUUGAGAAAUUAUAAAUAUUAAUGCAAAGUGCAACGCACGGUGCAAUGCACGUUGGACACCACUGGACGAAAGAGUGAUGUGAUGUCAUAGCAGAACUGUUACGCUUAUCAACAAACAGAACAGAAAAGAAGAAAAUAGUGCAAAAAAGAUAUCAGCGAGGUAAAAGUUAAUAAAUCGAAUUGCAAUUGCGAUAGCAAAAGAGCAAAUAACUGAGUAGUGACACAACCGGAGCACAUUGGAGCAUGUCGGAUUACACGGAAUACCUGGAGGCGGCAUGGGAGUGGGCCGAGUGGCUGCCUUACCUGCUGGUGACCUACGUUCUGGUCACCCUCGUUCCCAAGUCCCUGGUGCGGAUGAAGCGCUUCGCCGACGCAGACUACGAGGCGAACAGGAACAAGUUCCAUCGCUGCUACGGUCCGGAGUUGUGCUGCCAUGUUUUGGCCCAGGAGCAGGCCUCCGGAAAGGUCAAACCCAAGGCCAGGAAGCCGGUGACCAGAGUUUACCCCAAACGACAGCAGGUUGCACCCAAGGAGGAACUGCCACCGAUAUCACCGGCGCCUGUGAAGCGCAGCAAUGUCACCAAGAUUGCCAGAAUGUUCGAGACGGGCAACACGCGACAGGUGAGCCGUGUGGCACCCGUAACGCUCCCGGAGAUCCGUAUGUUUGGAGCCAGUGAUGAGUCCCGAGAUUCGACACCCUGCGCCUCGCGAAAAACAUCGAUUGCCAGCCAGCUUUCCGCUCAGUUGCAGCACAUCGAUCACACGAUGCACCUGUGGCAGGAACUGGAGGAGGAGCCAAUCAAGAAGGCUCCAACCCACAGCGACUGGGAGCCCAUGGCUGUCCCGGCUCCGAGGAGGACUCGAGGCACUUCGGCCACACCCUCGACAGCUUCGCCGCUCUCCAGCUCCCCGGAACCCGAAGCAUCCCCAGUGCUCCGAAGGAAACCGCCCUCGCUGUGCCUGCAGACCAGCAUGGAGGAUAUCUUUCAAGUGAUUGCCAGGAGUGCCGAAGAGUCGGAGGAUCGUCCGGAUAACCAUUGUCUCUCACCGGUGACCUGCAUCGAUGAUAUACUCUCCGAACGGAGAUUCUCGCGUCCCCUUUCCGCCUACUCCAUCACUGAUCUCCUCAACGAAGAGCAGGCCGCCUGUGUGGAGGAGGCCACUUACAUAAACGAAACCAGAUGAGGGAUUAGCAGGAGGAGGUUAUAUUAAAGUGCCAUCCCCCUUUUGGUCUGGCUUGGAGCUGCAAAAUAAUUAAAGAAUUGAACGAUUUUAAAUCGGAAAAGAAAAGAAAAGGAUCUGUAAAAGAUCCUAGUAAAUGCUAUCAAAAGGAUACUUUGAGUUAAUACAAAUAUUCGAUAACAGAGACACUGCACAGCGAUCUUUUUGCAGCUCUAGUCUUAAGGAAAUCAGAGUCAUAUGACCCGGAAGACUAUUCCUAAUCGCCGCCUUUGUUUUAAGAUGAAACAAAGCUGAUCCGGUGACUCAAUCUCAUCGGGAGACCUUGCCAUGCCCCCAGUUUCCCAGCUUCCCAGCCCCUCCAUUAUGCAUUUUGUUUGCUUAAUCGAUGGAAACUUAAGCAAAUCAAAGUUAAAAACUCCCCCAAACUGAAGUCGCAAUUAGCUAACAAUGCCUGUACUUAGUAAAGCCCAUUAUUGUGUAUAAAUAUCUUAUUGUCCAGAGCCCAAAAUGUUUGUAAUUGCAAUUGCAAAGCAUCUCAUAAGCGAGUAGAGAACUGUGUACUGCUAAACUAAUUAAACACUAUGAAUUUGUAUUGUAGUAUUAUCGUUAAAUAUUUUAUAUGUUACAAAUACGAACUGUAUCAAAUGCAAAACCACAAUAUUAAACCUAAUUAUAUGUACGUAAUAAAAACAGAUUUAUUUUCGUGUGCACAGUUGCUAGAAGCACUCGAAGAAGUGUAUAUUAA